AUGUCUGCAUGUGAUGACUACAGGAGAAGAUGCAGCUCGUGGCUGAUAGGACCACCUGUCCAUCUAACUUGGCCAACCACGGCAGGUCUGCAGGCGAAGCAUCUGAUGAGUAGCGAGCAUGUGUAG